AUGAAUUUGGCGACAAUGUUGAGUAACUUGUCCAAAGUUGAAUACUUUUAUAUCAACAGUUAUUUUCUUAAGUUUUUGAUUGCAAAAAAGAUUCCAAAAUUGCUUCCACGUGCGAUUAGUAGUUUAAAGCAUCUGUGGUUUCUGGGUAUCCAACUUGGUGAUUUGGAUCAACUUCAUGCUGUUCUUUGUUUUCUUCAAAACUCUCCUAAUCUAGAAAAACUGUUUGUUAGGCACCUUGAUAUGGAGCCCCGAGUAGAUGUGGGACCAGCUUCAGAUCAUUUAGAAUCCCCAAACUACUUGGACUCUACAUUGGAUCAGUUGAAAAUUGUUGAGAUGACAUGUUUAAAAGGAUCAAAACCGGAACUGCUUUUUAUAAAGCUUCUUCUUGCUCAUUCCCCUUCUCUCCAGAAGUUUACCAUUAAACCAAGUAGAGCUUCUAAUGUUAAAAAAAGAUAUGACAUUGUUAAAGAGGUUAUGCAGUUCCCUCGAGCAUCAGCAAAAGCAAAAAUGUUUUGCUUGGAUUCCGGAACCAUAAUCAUGUAA